CAGACUCUGACACCUCAGGUUACUUGCUGCUUGUGAUCCAGACAUGAAUUCUACUGAAAGCACCGAUAGCACAACGUUUGUAUUCCCUGACGACAAUGACUCUGGUCUCUGUCGUUACACACAUAAUGUGAUUCAAUUCAUUCCUGGCCUCUACUCCAUGUUCUUCCUCCUGGGGCUGCUGGGAAACUCUCUGGUCAUCUGGGUUGUUGUUUUCGGCACACGACUCCGCAAUAUGACCGACAUGUGCUUGUUGAACCUGGCCAUUGCUGACCUUCUCCUGGUUUGCUCCCUUCCUUUCUUGGCAUACCAAGCCAAGGACCAGUGGCUGUUUGGAGAUGCUAUGUGCAAGAUUGUCCUGGGUGUUUAUCGCAUUGUCUUUUACAGUGGGAUCUUUUUCAUCUGUUUGAUGAGCAUCGACCGCUACUUGGCUAUCGUGCAUGCUGUUUAUGCUAUGAGAGCACGGACAUUGUUCUUCGGAAGGAUUGCAGCUGCUGUUACGUGGACGGCUGGAUAUUUGGCCUCUUUCCCGGAGCAGAGAUUCAUCACACUUCAGCAUGACGGCAAUUUUUGCCUUUCUGUCUCUACAUCUCCAGAGGAUGACACCAACACUCACUUUUGGACAGUCUUCAGCACUUUCAAAAUGAACAUAUUGGGUCUGUUUGUCCCCCUUUUCAUCAUGGUUUUGUGCUACUCACAGAUCAUCUGGAAGCUGCUGGGAAGCCACUCAUCCAGAAAACAGACCAUCCGUUUGGUUUUCUUAGUGUUGGCUGUUUUUUUCUGCUGUUGGGUUCCCUACAACAUAGCAUCUUUCUUCAAAGGACUGGAGCUCCUUCAUAUCUACACGGAAUGUAAGAGCAGCCAAGCUAUCGCACUGACUUUGCAAGUCACCGAAGUCAUCGCCUACUCUCACAGCUGUCUUAAUCCCAUUUUAUAUGUGUUUGCUGGGGAAAAGUUCAGGAAGCAGCUGUUGAGAUUGAUUUAUAGAACUCCCUGUGUGCUGUGUCAGGCCAUCAAGGUCUUCAUACCACAAGAAAUAGUCUUUGGAUCAACGUACUCAGGAAGUUCAAGAGUGAGUGAGAGGACCACUACCGUGUAGGCUGAAAAAAGAAGGGUGCAAUUAUACUUUUUGCAGAUCGUCAAAAUGAAUCAAUGUUGAAAUUACUCUCAGUAAUUUGUCUACAUGUGAAUGCACCCCAAAAAUGUAAACUACAUCCUAUAAAAAGUCAUAUCUUAAAAUCAUAAUGUCAUGUUAAAACUGAUUAGUCUUAAAUGUAGAUCGGAAACAUAAUUGCAAUCACCUAGUGUAGUUCUAAUGCACAUUUUUAUCGGAUGAAAAGACAAAAUGAGUCACAAACUAGAGUCAAUGUAAUCAGACAGUUGGUAAAAAAUAUGCAAAUGAGGUAAUCAAAAAACAAAGUUUCUAUUUAUGAUGAUAAAAAAACAAACAGUAAAGCCCAAGGCUUAAGCCACAGAUUGAGCACAGUCAGGGUAGGCAUGAACAGCCAGUGCCACACCUGUCCCAUUUACAGUCUUUAUUUUAAAAUUCAGUAAACUUCAGAGGGCUCAAUUUCACUGAGAUUAUGUCCGAAUUCCCUCACUAUUUACCAACUACUAAAAACGAUAUAGCGCUGUACUGUUUAGUGCACUUUUGCACAUUUAAAAGCAAUUUGGGCACCCUGUGCAGUCCUUUUUUUUUUUUAAACGACAAAUACGACGUCACAGUUUUCCCAAAGUAAAAACUUUUUCCCGUGAAAAAUUGAUCAAAUCCAAGGCAUUGUGGUCUAUAUUUGCCAGUAUAGCAUUGAUGCAGACUGUUUUUUUGCAGAGAUUUCUGGGAAAGAAGGGACACUCAAUCUUAGAAUUGUAGAUUCGAACAGUCCUUUAAAACACCCUAUUAGGUGCACUAAGUCGUGAGUAGUGAAGGAAUUUGGAUACAAUCUGAGCUUAAAAUUUCAGGUUUCUCUGUGCGUCAAAAACAACCCAUUUAGGCCCUCAUCAGUGAAGGUAGGAUAAAAUUGCAGCUUUGUAAACAAUUAACUCUUUCACAUUGAAGAUAUCGCCAGUGACAUCUAAUCAAGACACACACUUUGAGAUACUUUUUCUCUUCGACCAUUUACACGACCACUGUGAGUCUGCUGAUUCGGACUCAGAGAAAAGCAGCUUUUUAUACUGACUUUGUGUCGUUGUCUGACACAUUUCUAACAUAAAGUGUUACAUGUGUUAAUGUUAAAGUCUCCAUCUACCCCUAGCUGCAGUGCGGAGACCCAGGCGUGCCUCAAUGUGGGCGGGGUUAAACCCGUUGCGCUCUGCAUACUGAAGGCGUUUAACCCCACCCACUGCAUGUGAUCCUUUGUCACUGCAAUUGUAAUCUUAUUCUUGCAUUUUACAAGUUUCCAUGUGUAAUAUUGACAUCCACCAGAUUAGGGAGAUGAUUAAACCAAGGCUUGACAUGUACUUUUGUUUAAUAUAAUUUGAGAGGUUAGUUAUUUUGAUUUUAGGAUAGCAGGUGACUAUUUGCAUGUAAUUUUCUUAAUACAUGUUGCCAAUGUCACAUAAUUUGGCCAUAACUUGGCCACAUGGACUCGUAGGAAGGGUUGGGGCUGAUUUAUACUUCCACGCGAUUCGUGAUCGCUGAUGUAACAGUGGUUACUUCAUAGCGAUCGGUCAUCACAUCACUUUUAUCUAAAAUCGCGCGGGGUCCAGUGUUGGCUGGUGUUUAUUGCGACUGUUUGCAAUAGCUCCAGUCGCAUGUGAUGUCACCAGCAGGUAAAUUCUGCAACGACUGGAGUGAUUCCGCUCUGAUGGUGAGACCAGUUUGGUGUCGCUUGGAAGUAUAAACCAGAAUGUGGUGGGCAGGUAUAAACCCGUUCAGUGGGCGGAGCUCAACGGGGGGGAGCUGUUUUGCAUGUUGAAUUGAGUUUUGACACAAACAGAGCGUGGGAUUUUACUAUGCAAUAGAUUUAAAGAUGCUUUAAAAUGAAUUUGAACCAAACCAUGUAUUGAAAUGUCAAUUUUAAAUAUUGAAUUGUAAAUUACAAAAUGCAUUUCAAAAUGAAAGGCCAAAUUGCAUAUUGAAUUG